AUGAAGGGAGUGAAAGGAAAGUUGCUGAAGAAGCUGAAAUCAAUCAAACAGAUUGGAUAUCUAAAGCCAGAUCGAAUUCUUCAGGUGAAAUCCAGUGAUGGGUAUGCAGAUUUUCUCCCAAAGAUUUCAUCGAACCCGUUUGUUUCUGGAGAAAACGAGGGUAAGAAAAUUGUGCAGAAUUGCGAGAAUUUGAAGGAGCUCAUGAAAGGGCCUGAAGAAGAUGAAGAAAUGGGACUAGAUGAUGAUGGUUGUGAUGAGAAUAAAGAGAAUAUUGGUUGUAAAGGUGGUGUUUUAGGAACAGAGUCGAAACAGAGGGAGGUUUUGAGAGAUAAGAAGCCACCACUUUUGCCGAGAGGUAAUUCUGAUAGAAAGAGGAAAAAUUCUUUUUCGGAGAGUGAGGAUUUGUCCUUUCGGAGACCGGAUUUGAAUUCGGGUAGCUUGUUUGAUCCGAAACUUCUGGCUGCGUUCGAGGAAGCGGUGAAGGAGCAUUGUAGAAUGACAGAGGAACAGAGGAGGGCUAGAGUUGAAGAAGAGUCUUUACAGAAAGUGAAAUUUGCUGAAGAAGUUGAAGUUCAUCCUUUGAUGUUGUUUGAAGAGAAAUGUCCACCGGGUGGUGAUGGAACUGUGGUUUUCUACUCUACAUCACUUACAGGAAUCAGAAAGACUUAUGAAGACUGCAACAAAAUUCGCUUUUUAUUGCAAAGUUUCAAGGUUUUGUAUCUUGAGCGAGAUGUGUCGAUGCAUAGAGAGUUUAAGGAUGAGUUGUGGAGUAUUUUGGGUGAGAAAAUUGUGCCUCCGAGGCUUUUUGUUAAGGGGAGAUAUAUAGGUGCGGCUGAAGAAGUUAUGAGUCUGCAUGAACAAGGGAAGUUGAAGAAAAUUCUUGAAGGGGUUCCAUUGGAUUGGUCAAAUGGACCUUGUGAUGCUUGUGGUGGUUUAAGGUUUGUGAUGUGCUUUAAGUGUAAUGGUAGCCAUAGGAUUUUUGAUAAGGAAGAGGCUAAUGAGUGUUUGAUAUGUAAUGAGAAUGGAUUGGUUGUGUGUGCUUAUUGUGGCUAG